AUGGACAGUAGUGAACAGAAUGAAACAACUAUGGGAAACAAAUGGUUGAUGGCUGGGGAUUUCAAGGAUAUUACCUCAAAUUCUGAAAAGUGGGGAGGGAGAUGUAGAGUUGAAUGGAGCUUCAAUGAUUUCAAGAAUUUCAUAAGUGCCAACCAAUUGGUGGACCUGGGGUAUGAGGGGCAGCCGUGGACCUGGUGCAACAACUGGGGGAAUGAAGGAGAAAUCAAACAAAGAUUAGAUAAAGCCAUGAGUAGUGCAGUUUGGAUUAAGACGUUUGAGAAUGCAAAGUGCUCUCACAUUAAAGCAUAUGCUUUAGACCAUUGUGCAUUGAUGAUAGACACCAGGCCUAUUGUUGAGAGGAAAAAAAAAAGGUUCUUCUUUGAUAAGAGAUGGCUCCAACAUGAGGAAAUAUCUGAGGUUGUUAAAGGAGCAUGGGAGGAAAAUGUUGAAGGAUCUCGAAUGUACCAAGUGCAAUCAAAAGUGAGGAACUGUAGAGUGGCUCUGCUUAAGUGGAGUAACAGCAUUAACAAAAACUCUAAGGACAGAAUUGAUAGCCUCAAAAAGCAACUGGACCAGACAAGAGAAUCUUCAAUAGACAACAAGAGAGAAAAGAUGGCUGGUUUGAAGUCACAGUUGACAGAGGUAAAGGGCAGAAGGAAACAGAAUAGAUUGCAAAGACUUCAAAAGGAAGAUGGAGGUUGGACUGAAUCAGAAGAAGAAACUAGGAAAGAGAUUGCAGACUAUUACAGAAAGCUUUUCACCAAGUCCUCAACCAGUAAUGCUCAGGAGAUAUUAGAGGGGAUCCCAACUUCUAUCACAGUAAAAAUGAACAUGGAAUUAACCAAAGAAGUGACAGAAGAAGAGAUCAAAAAUGUUUUCUUCACUGUGGACUGCAAUAAGGCUCCUGGCUCCGAUGGUAUGACACUUUUUGUUUCCAAAAAUUUUGGGAAAUUAUCAAAGGAGACCUGCAUCAAUCAAUCUACCUUUAUACCUGGGAGGCACAUUAUUGAUAACAUUAUCAUCUCUCAUGAAUACUUGCAUUUCCUUAAAAAUAAAAGGCAUGGGAAGGAUGGUUAUAUGGCUGUGCAGUUGGAUAUGUCAAAAGCCUAUGAUAGAGUUGAAUGGGAUUUUCUACAUUCAAUUAUGAGCAAAAUGGGGUUUUGUGAGAGAUGGAUUAACUGGAUCAUGAACUGCAUUAGAACAGUUUCCUUUUCUUUCAACAUAAAUGGAGAUUCUCAAGAUAGAAGGAUAAGUGGAAUCAAGAUAAGUAGACAAGGCACUACAGUGACACAUCUUUUCUUUGCUGAUGAUUCGCUAAUCUUUUGCAAGGCUUCAAGUCAAGAGGCACAGGAGUUGAUGAAGAUCCUGAAGAGCUACGAACAAGCAUCAGGACAAAUGAUAAAUCUUGACAAAUCCAGUGCUUUCUUCGGUUAUGUAAAGAUAUCUGCUCUCUACUCUCAAAAUUCUGGUGGGGAGAGCAAGACAACAAGAACAAAAUCCAUUGGGUGGCUUGGGAGAAGAUGA